GCCCCAAGAAUAUUACUAGAUAGUCAUCGUGAUAAUGUUACUUCAUGCAGUGAUGAGUCAUCAGAUAGCUGCCUUGACCCAAAUGUAGCACCUUUUUUUAAAUCUGUGCAGAAUAUAGCAAGCCCCAAUAUCCAGUUCAGCAUAAGUAGACAAGUUAAGAGGCAAAGGACUGACACAGGUGCUUUUGAUCACUUUAGUCUUCUCUCAGAUGAAAUCAUUCUUGCAAUAUAUGCUUGGCUACCAAAGUUUGUGCUUGCAAAAUGUGCUAGAGUAUGUAAGAAAUGGAGCAGAUUAGUGCUAGACGAGUCUCUUUGGAAAAGGAUAGAUCUCUCAACAAAGUCGCUGGGUCCUGGAGUGCUUGGUCAUAUUAUGAGCAGAGGGGUCUGGGCUCUAAGGUUGGCAAAGGCGGAGAUUGAAGGUCCAAUUUUCACUGGUUCAUCUAGUCCUAUAAAAUCAACAAG